AUGUUUGGACCUGGAGUUCUAAGAGAUAAUGCUAUAAAAAAUGAAACUAUGUUUUAUAUUUAAACUAGAAAUUUGAAUAAUUAAAAUAGAGAAAGUGGUGCAGAUGAAUUCUAUAUUGAAAUUACUAGACCAGAUGUUAUGGCUGAAUUAGAAGAAGAAAAAUAAAGAGAAGCUAUUAGAUUAUAAUAAUUAGAAUAAAUGGAUCCAGAAGAAAGAGAAAGAAUUGAAUAAGAAUAAAAUAAAAAAAGAAUGGUUAGAAGAAAAAAAGUUAAACUAUAAUAAGAAGGACAAGAAGGUGAAAAUUAAGAAUCAGAAUAUGAAGAAGUUGAAGAGGAUGUACCUUAAGAAAAAAGUAAAUUGUAAUUGUUAGAAGAAAAAGCUAACAUUAAAUAUUCAAUUAAUGAUAAUGAUGAUGGAUCAUAUACAGUUAAAUAUUAAAUUGAUGAACCAUGUGAAGUUAUUGUUAAUGUUAAAUUAAAGAAUGAAAGAGGUGAAUAUAACGAAAUUAGAGGUGCUCCUAAAAAAGCAUAAUUUUUAGAAAAUCUUGGACCAAAAAAUAAUCAAUAUACAGGUCCAUAAUUAGUUAAUUAUGUCUCUAAUAAAAAUGAAGAAAUCAAUAAACUUAUUGAUACAUCGAGAGAUAAUAUUAAUAUUAAAGAUAAAAAUAUUUAAGAAGAUGUCAAUAGUUUAUUAGAAGUUAUGGAGAAUCUUAAAAAGAUUUCAGAUGAAAAAGAAAAUAUUCUUUUAUUAUUAGAUGAAAAUGAAUAAAUAUUAAGAACUUUAGAAAAACAUGAUAUGAAAAAAGAAACUGAAAUAAAAAAAGUUAAUAAAAUGUAAGAAGAAUGGAAGAACUUAUUGAAAAUAUCUUAAACUGUUGAAAAGGAUAUCAGUGGUCCAGUUAAAUAAGAAGCUGAUAAAACAAAAGAAAAAAUUAAAAAAUUUGAAGAACAAUUAAAAGAAUAUUUACAAGGACUCAAGAAAGAAACAUUUUAUUAAUACAAAACAGGUAUUAAAGAUUCAUAAGAGAGAUUUGCAGAAGUUUAAGCUUAAAUUGAUAAAUUUUCAAAAACACUUCAAAACUAUGAAUAUUAUUCUAAAAUGUUCAAUUUCCCAGAUGAAGUUGUUGGAUGCCAAAAAAAUUUAGAUGCCAUUAAAUAAGAAGUUGCAGCUGUUUAAUUAUUAUGGGAACACAUUAAGAAAUGUGAAUAAAAAUUCUAAGAUUAUAAGAGAUAUAAAUGGGCAACCAUAGAUCCAAAUGAAAUGGAAGAUGAAGUUAAAAAACUUCGUAAAUUCUUAAUUGAUAUGAAGGGUAUUGAUAAAAGAUCAAAUGUCUUCACAGGUAUUAAUGAAGAUUUACGUAAAUGGGGUACAUUCAUUCCAUUAUUAACUGAAUUGAAAGACCCAGCAAUGAAUACAAGUGAUAGUAGACAUUGGAAAGAAGUUAAAGUUGUUGUCAAUUAAGAUUUUGCUAUUGGAGAUGAUAUGGAAUUGGAUGUUAUUUGGAAUCUUAAAUUAUUUGAUUACAGAGAAAAAAUAGAAGAUAUUUCUGAAUAAGCAAAAUAGGAAUUAAAAAUGGAGAAAGGUAUCAUUAAAGUUGAUACUUUCUGGAAGGAUGUUUAAUUUGAAUUAAUAAAACAUAAAGAUACUGAUAUUAGAACCUUAAAGAUGUUAGAUGAACAUUUUGAAACUUUAGAAGAACAUCAAUUAUAAAUAAAUAAUAUGUUAUUAAGUAAAUAUGUGAAGUUUUUUGAAAAAGAUGUUGAAAAAUGGAAAUAAGAUUUAGGAGCAAUUUAUGAUGUCAUUUAAUUAUUAUCAGAAGUAUAAAAAACAUGGUCUUUCUUGGAAAACUUAUUUAUUUAAUCAGAAGAAGUGAAGAAAGAAUUACCAAAAGAAUCUGAAUAAUUUGUUUCAAUUGAUAAAAGUAUGAAAGAAAUUAUGGAAUCUGGUUGUUAAAUUAAAAUUAUAUUGAAAUUCUGUACAUAACCAAAUAUGUUGAAAUAAUUAGAAAAGAUUUAAGCUGAUUUGAAAGUUUGUGAAAAAGCUUUGAAUGAAUUUUUAGAUUCAAAGAGAAGAGCAUUCCCAAGAUUCUAUUUUGUUAGUGUAAAUGAUUUAUUAGAUAUUCUUUCAAAUGGUAAUUCACCUGCUAAAAUUAACAGACAUAUGUCAAAAAUCUUUUAAGCUAUUGAUAAAUUGGAAUUAUAAGAAAAUGAUAAUGAAAGACCAUUUGCUAAAAAGAUGAUUACAUGUGUUGGUCAAGAAGAUGUAACAUUAGUUAAACCAUUGUAAUUAUUGAAUAAAGUUGAAAUCUAUUUAUAAGCUAUGAUUGAUUCAAUGAUCGAUACAUUAAGAGAAUUAGCCAAAAAAUCAUUUGGAUGUUAUGAUUCUAAAACAUGUCAAUUAUAAAUGGAUAGAAAAACUUGGAUUGAUUAAGAUCCAGCUUAAAUUGCUUUAUUAGUUAAUAAUAUUAUGUGGUCAGUCUAAGUUGAAGAAGCAUUUGGUAAAAUUGCAAAUGGAGAUAUGAAUGCACUUAAAGAUUAUCAUAAGAGAAGUAUAGAAGCACUUACUGAAUUAAUUAGAUUUGUUAGAGGUGAUUUAAGUAAGUCUUUAAGAUAAAAAUUGAUGUGUUUAAUUACUAUGGAUGCUCACUCCAGAGAUACUAUUGGAAAAUUGAUUGAUGAACAUGUUCGUAAACCAGACGAAUUUUAAUGGCAAUCAUAAUUAAAAUUCUAUUGGGUUAAUAAUGAUGCUCUUAUUAGAAUUGCUGAUGCAUCAUUUAAUUAUUCAUAUGAAUAUUUGGGUAAUGGUCCAAGAUUGGUUAUUACUCCAUUGACAGAUCGUAUUUACGUCACAGCUACUUAAGCAUUACAUUUAAAGAUGGGUUGUGCACCAGCUGGUCCUGCAGGAACUGGUAAAACUGAAACUACUAAAGAUUUGGCAAAUGCAUUAGCUAAAGCAUGUUACGUAUUUAAUUGCAGUUCAGAAAUGAAUUAUGAAUCUAUGGGUAAUAUCUAUAAGGGACUUGCAAGUUCAGGAUGUUGGGGAUGUUUUGAUGAAUUUAAUCGUUUAUUACCAGAAGUCUUAUCAGUCUGUUCUGUAUAAUUUAAGGCAGUCACUGAUGCUAUCAAAUAAUAGAAGAAAACAUUUUUAUUUCCAGGAGGUGGUGAGAUUUCUUUAGAUCCAACUUGUGGUGUGUUUAUUACGAUGAAUCCAGGAUAUUUAGGUAGAGCAGAAUUACCAGAAGGAUUAAAAGCAUUAUUUAGACCAAUAACAGUGGUAGUUC